CCCAAGGCCAAGGGACUUGCAGGGAAGCCGACCGGCGGCAGUGUUACUGAGGACUUCGGCGAGGAGAGUACAGUCUCAUCUUCCUUUUCAAUUCCCUCUCGCUUCUCCAAAAAUGGCAAUUAGAAAUCCAGAUAUCAAGUACACCAAGCUCUUCAUCAACAAUGAGUUUGUGGAUGGAAAGAAUGGUAAGACUUUUCCUGUCAUCAACCCUUCCACAGAGGAAACCAUCUGCCAGAUAGCACAGGGUGAAGAGGCAGACAUUGAUGCAGCCGUGAAAGCAGCCCAAGCAGCAUUUAAGAGGACUGCCCCCUGGAGGACAAUGGAUGCCUCCCAGCGUGGCCUCCUUAUGCACAAGUUGUGUGACCUGAUAGAGCGUGACAUGAAGUACUUGGCCAGUCUUGACACUCUGGACAAUGGUAAACCAUUCACUGAGGCCAUGUGUGACCUUGAAUACAGUGUGAAAACGAUCCGUUACUAUGCUGGGUGGUGCGACAAGAUCCAUGGAGACACUGUUCCUUGUGAUGGUGAAUUCCUGUGUAUGACAAGGAAGGAGCCAGUGGGUGUUGUGGGCCAGAUUAUCCCAUGGAACUACCCUGUGAUGAUGAUUGCCUGGAAAUGGGGGCCAGCUCUUGCUGCCGGUUGCACCAUUGUUCUCAAACCAGCUGAGCUGACGCCAAUCAGCUCCCUUUAUCUGGGAGCUCUGGUCAAGGAGGCUGGAUUCCCACCUGGAGUCAUCAAUAUUGUUCCUGGCUUUGGAGCCUCUGCAGGACAUGCAGUUGCUCAUCAUCCUGAUAUUGAUAAGGUAGCAUUUACUGGCUCCACUCUGAUUGGCCGACGCAUCCUAGAAGCUGCUGGACAGUCAAACCUGAAGCGUGUCACCAUGGAACUAGGAGGGAAGAGUCCUGUUAUUGUGUGUGAAGACUGUGGAGAUUUGGACGAAGCAGCAGAUUUAUGCCACAGUGCUAUGUUUGGCAAUCACGGACAAAAUUGCUGUGCUGGUUCAAGAACAUUUGUGCAUGAGUCCAUUUAUGAUGAAUUUGUGAAGCGGGCAGUGAAGCUGGCCCUGAAGCGUCCAGUAGGAGACCCAUUUAACAAAGAAACCCUUCAGGGACCGCAAGUGAGCCAACAGCAAAUGGAGCGCAUUCUUGGGUACAUUGAGAAGGGCAAAGCAGAAGGAGCCAAGCUGGAGUGUGGAGGAGCUCGUCUGGGGAACAAAGGCUACUUUGUUCAGCCAACAGUGUUUUCUAAUGUCACAGAUAACAUGACCAUUGCCAGGGAGGAGAUCUUUGGACCAGUGCAAGUCAUUCUGAAGUUUAAGACCUUGGAUGAAGCCAUAGAGCGCUCCAAUGACACAAAUUAUGGCCUGGCUUCUGGGAUCGUAACUCGUGAUAUCAACAAAGCCUUGACUUACGCUCAGAGUGUAAGAGCUGGUUCUGUUUGGGUGAACUGUUAUGAUCUCUGUCUGCCACAGACACCCUUUGGAGGCUACAAGCAGUCAGGUCAUGGCAGGGAACUAGGUGAAGAUGGCUUGGCAGAAUACCUGGAAAUUAAGACAAUCUUGAUCAAGGUACCAACGAAGGUUUCGUAGACACUCUAGUAGGUUUCCUCCAAGCUAUAGGGUCCUGAGUAACACCCAAAGCACUGCAAAUGGAACAUAUACUUCUGGAAGA